AUGCAGAACAAUUAAAGGUUGAAGAUUCAAAGACACAAAGUAACGAACGAGGAAUAAUACAAUUUGAAUCAUACGAUUAAGCAAACUCACGGUCAUCAGAACACGAAACUUUGCAUUCAAUGGGAAAGGAAAAGUUAAUUGCCUUCCUAGACCGGGCUAUUGGAUUUAAUUCUGCGGGAAUACAUACAUACAUCUCCGAUUCUUCUUCCCGUUCCCGAAAUGUUGAAUCUCAUGCGAAUAGCAACACAAAGAUCUUAUUUGCAUCAGAUUACGGGAUUCGAUGGAUCGGAGUGUUUACACCAACACCAUAUCCAACAGCGGAAGAUCUUCUUGGCGUCAGAAAUACUUUGAUUGGUUUGAAUGUGACAUCGCCUCUAAAUUUUUCUCAAUGCCACGGCCGAAAAUUGGAUUGUUUGACUCAUAUUAUAUUCACUCAUCCUAUUAUAGAACGAUAUAGCAAAUAAAUAUUCAGACGCAUAACAAAAAAAUAUUCACCAA